AUGGGCGGCCACCUGGAGCUGCCGGCAUCGGAGGCGGUUUGGGCGAGGGGCGGGGAAGCUGUUGCGCAACAGAUCGCCCGGGGCUCGGCCGAGAAGCUAUGGAUCGGCACCUUCGAGACCGACAGGCAGCCGGCGCUCGCCUACGACGCCGCCGUCUUCUGCUUCUACGAUGUGCACCUACCCAGGAGGCGCAGGUUCAACUACCCCGGCGCGCCGCGCCCCGACAUCCCCACGUGGGUGCGCGUCCUGCUCAAAGUUGCCAGCAUCAAGGCCGUCGCGGAGAGGCACGCCCACGCCGUCGACGCCCACCUUCCACCGCUGGUGGUGGCGGCGGCUGGUCCUUCUUCUACCGGUGAAGGUGCAUCUACACUACUUGAUGACAACACGAACGGCAUGGAUGGCGAGAACCUCGUGACAAGAGCUGUUGAUGAAAGAAUCCUAUGCUCCAUCGAUGCCGAAGAAGUGACCGGCGAGAGUACUGACGUACGGGCCACGGAUAGUUGGCAAGCUCUGUGA